AUGAGCAAUCCAGUAGAUCAGAGUGACCUGACCAUGGAGAUCGUGUGCUAUCGUCUGAUUGGUCCGCUGGCCCACACGGUGCUCACAGACACACUCCAUCCAGCCAGUGAGGAGACGGAGGCGUCCAAUCGCAGUGCAGAUGAGGCCGGUGUGAGCGUCCAUCAGCAGCAGACAGACAUAUUCUUCCUACUGAGAGCUCAGUGUGUGUGUGUGUGUGUGUGUUUUACAGGAGUGUGUUCGACAGCAGAGCCCCCAGCAGGCUGUGUGUUGGGACUGACUGUAGAUGAUCCCAGACUCACUUUAGCUCAGAAACGUGGUAAAUCUGUACCUGACCUGCAGCAGAGCGCAGAGGACAGUGGUGUGAGAGAUCUGACUCUCAAAGGAGUUGCGGCUCACUGCAGUCAGAGUGCAUUGUGGGACGCGUCUGCUCGAGACUGUGUGACGCACAACCGACUGUCUGAGCAGGAGCUGAACAGGAUGAGGACUGAGCUGCUGGUUCCAGGUUCGAGGCUGUCGGAUGCUCCUCAGGCUGCUGUUCCUCUGCUGCUGGUUCAUCAGGGCAGUCGUGUUCGGGGCGAGGAGCGUCUGCACUGGGGCUCCGUCUGGGAUCUGCUGCUGCCCAAGGGCUGGGGAAUGGCAUUCUGGGUCCCUCUGGUGCAUACUGACACGGUCUGCGUCUGGUCCACCUCGUUCUGA